AUGAAUAAUUAAUUUGGAAACGAUAACCUUUUUUUAUAAGAUGGGGCUGAAAAUUUAAUGAAUAUAGAUAUAAAAAAUAGAGGAAUAUUCACAAAUACUCAGCCAUUUCAGUUUAUUAUUGAUUAGCAAGGGAAUAAAAUAAAUCUUGGUGAAGGAUCUUUUGGAUUCGUUCUGCUCAUCAAAAAUAUUUAAACUAAUUAACUCUAUGCUUUGAAACUAAUUCCGAUGAGCAGCAUUGAGACACUAACCCAUAAAAGGAUAAUUGAAAGAGAAGUAAAAGUCCAUCCAGAAUUAUCGCAUCCUUAUAUAAUAAAAAUGCAUGAUGCAUUUAUUAAUAAAGAUGCAAUAUAUAUAAUUCUAGAUUAUGCAGUCAAUAAAAACGUUUCAGAAACCUUUCUAUAAGAUUUUAAGUAUAAUGAAGCUAGAGCUUUCAAAUACUUCUACUAAACUUGCUUGGCUAUUGAUUAUCUUCAUAAAAAAGGAAUUAUGCAUAGAGAUAUUAAACCAGAAAACCUUUUGCUAGAUGAGAAUGAUAAUAUCAAACUAUGUGAUUUCGGAUGGUGUGCAGAGAUAACCAAAAAUAGAAGGAAUACUCUCUGUGGUACUUUUGAAUAUAUGGCACCCGAAACUAUUACUGAAAGAGAUUACGAUUAUAAGAUAGAUAUAUGGUAAUUGGGUAUUCUUUUAUAUGAGCUUUUGCAUGGCAGGACUCCUUUUAAGCCAAAUUUUGAACUCGGAGAAGACGAAAGAAUGGAAUAUUAUAAGAAUACAAUUAAUUAAGGCCACAUCGUUUUUGAUAGCCAUAUUUCCCCUUCUGCUAUAGAUUUAAUUAGUUAAAUACUCAUUUACGUGCCUGAAAAAAGAAUAUCUAUUUAAGGGAUUUUAGCCCAUGUGUGGAUAUUCUAAAUGAAAGCUAAAACUGGCUACAAAGAUCCCACUUAAAUUCUCUAAUAAUUUUAAGAUAAUGAGCAGAAUAUCUUGUCAUAGAAAUUAAAUUAAGAGUAAGAGCUCUUGUAAACAUAAAAACUUUUAAAAGGAGCUAUGAGCAGCUAAGUGAAACAGUAAUAAUAUUCAAAAACUUUCAAUAAUUUAUAAAGUGCUCCAGUUAAUAAAACAAGUCUAAAUAUAUUUUUUAAUAGUAAUAUAAAUGUAAACCAAAAUGAAAAAACAUCUUAGAAUAUACAAUACAACAAUUAAAAUACAAUUUAACUGCCUGAUUGGAAUUCAAACCUAAAUGUAAUAAAUCCAGUAAUGGAUAAAAAAAAUAAUUUUAGAAAGAGUAGCUUAGAAGACAUCAAAGAAUCUCAAUUACCUUUCUAAGUUGGAGUGAGUUAAAUUAAAAAACCAUAAUAAGAGAAAAUUAUUAUUUAAAGUGUUUCAAUCUAUUAGAGAGAACUAGCAAGAAUGGCAUCUGAUAAUGAAAAAGAGACUUUAACAAUUGAUCUGUAAGAUUUACCUUUAAAAAAUGAUUAAAAAGCAACAGAUUUACAAGGUUAAUAUUAUUUACCAAGUUAUUGUUAGAGAAAGGAUUAUUAAAGUUAUAUUUCCGCCAGAUCAACUACUAUAAUUAGAUCUAAUAUGCUAAAGUAAAGCUCCUAGUUCGAUAUUAGCACAACAAGUAACAACAGAAGGACAAUAUUCGGAGAAUUCAAUAAAGAAAAGAAACAAAGAAAUAUCUUAGAACUAGAAAAGCUAAUAGAUUAAUUAGAUAUUGAUAAAAAUAAAAAAUAUUAAACAGCUAACGAAUACAAAGAGAAAUUUAUUUUUAAUGAUAGUCUUAGCGAAAUAUCUCAAGGAAGUAAUAUAAAGUACUCUAAAAUAUUUCAAAAUAGAAAAUCUUGA